GGAGAGACGUUCAGAGAAUUCUAGGUGUUCAGUUUCUUUAUCAUCAAGCCAAAAUCCCACAUAAACCUCAACUUCUGCAAGCCGAAACCCCUAUAAACCUUAACUCGUAUUGGCUUCCCUGUUCUGAAUUUAAUAAAAUUCAAAAACAUAAGAAGAAAGACGAACAUGACAAGUCUGCCCAAAACUGAAACGCUGUUAUCAGCGGCGGCCUCUUUUGCUGCCUCAGCAAUUGUUUUUCAUUCCAUAGCUAAAGAUCUUAUCCCACAGGCUGUGCAGCAAUACCUAAAUUCAACUGCUCGAAAAAUAUCAGCCCUUCUAUCAUCUCAACUAACUGUUGUCAUUGAAGAGUUUGAUGGCCUCACUACGAACCAGAUGUUUCAUGCUGCUAAUGUAUAUUUGGGUUCCAACUUAUUGGUAUCCAAGAGAAGAAUAAAAGUAAACAAGCCAGAGAAAGAAAAGGAACUAGCAGUGACUAUUGAUACGGAUCAAGAACUAGUUGAUAUGUUUCAAGGAGUAAAACUGAAGUGGGUCUUGGUGUCUUCACACAUUGAAAGUCAUGUUGCUUCUAAUAAAACGAGCAAUGGCAGUGCCUUUUCGCGCUCUGAGUUGCGAUAUUUUGAGCUGAGCUUCCACAAGAAGCAUAGAGACAUGGUGUUAAGUUGUUAUUUACCUUACAUUCUUAAGAAAGCCAAAGCAAUAAGAGAAGAGAAAAAGACUCUGAAGUUGCACACAAUUGACUAUAAUGGCACUGAUUACUGGGGUUCCAUUAAUUUUGAUCAUCCAGCAAACUUUGAUACAAUAGCAAUGGAUCCAGAGAUGAAGGAGGGGUUGAUAAAGGAUCUUGAUCAAUUCACAGCAAGGAAGGAGUUUUACAAGAGGGUAGGCAAGGCAUGGAAACGUGGGUAUUUGUUUUAUGGACCACCAGGAACUGGAAAGUCGAGCUUGGUUGCUGCCAUGGCUAAUUACCUUAAGUUUGAUGUUUAUGAUUUGGAUUUAAAGGAGGUUCAAUGCAAUUCAGACUUGAGGAGGCUGCUGAUCGGUAUCGGAAAUCAGUCCAUAUUAGUUGUGGAAGACAUUGAUCGUUCUUUUGAGUCUGUGGAAGAUGAUAAAGUCACGCUCUCUGGUCUUUUGAAUUUCAUUGAUGGCCUGUGGUCGAGCUGCGGAGAUGAAAGGAUUGUAGUGUUCACAACCAAUCACAAAGACCAGCUUGUCCCAGUAUUGCUAAGACCCGGACGCAUGGAUAUGCACCUGCACUUGUCUUACUGCACUUUCAAUGGUUUCAAGACACUUGCAUCUAAUUAUUUACAUAUUAAGGACCAUCACCUGUUUGAUGAAAUUGAGCAGCUGUUGGAGAAGGCUCAAUCUACACCUGCUGAAGUUGCAGGAGAGCUAAUGAAAUGUACAGAUGCAGAACUUGCACUAGAAGGCCUAAUCAAGUUCCUCCAAGGUAAGGUAAGAUCAAUAGUGCUGUAGGCAAUAUUGAAUGACCAAAAGCAUGAACAAUCCUGAGUAGGAUUUGUUUCUUUCUUCCUAGGGAAAAAUGUAAGCAGUGUCUCGGUUGUCAAUAUAAAACCUGAUGUUUCUGUUCAGGCUUCUGCCUUAA